AUGGCUCAUCACAGAGAGAAUGAAAGAUGCCGCUUUUAGGGAAGAAAUCUUACAAGCCAAGCCCGUUUCCGAAUGAUCUGAAGUCUGAGGAAGAGGUUUUUGUCAUCAAAGAGACGAAUGAAGUCUUCAGGUCGUACGAUGAAUAUGUAAACCGUAUCCUUUUGUAUGGAUUUCAAAUCUGGAGCUGUCAGUUUACCGGUAAAACAAACCUGAAGUAUGAAGAAGCUGUAGCAAGUGAAGAACAGGCACUGAAAAGACUAGAGAGCUUUCCAAAGUAUUUUGAGAAAACAGUUUUGCAGAUUGUGCAUCACAGUACAAGAACACUGCAAACUCUGGUACAAGAGUGUUACAAACAACUGGAAAAAGAAUUUUCGCCAAAUGAACCAGUAGAGUGUUUGGUCAAUGGGAAAUGGCUUCUAGGAAAAAUUUUGCAAAUUCACCACGGAGACAAGUAUGAAAAUAGCACUAAUAAAACAUAUGACUUUGAAUCUGGUGAGAUACAUGACUGCUUGAAGAGCAUUCCACCGGAGGAAAUCAGACGUGUUAAGAAAAUCCCGUCAGAAGAGUUGCUUAAAUGCUUCAUAUGUGUCAACACCCAAAACCCUUGGAGGAGUGAUAACAGCCCUUGGGUGGUCAAGAGCGAUAUGGCAAAGAAGUAUUCCCUUGCUGAAAAAUAUAAUGAUUUCUCUUUGGUAUUGGGCAAGAAAACAACACCUUUGUCUAAAACUCCCUCAAAAGGCCACAAGAGCAACAAGAAACAAAAAAAGGAGAAAACUUCUGACAAGAACACAUCACAAGGGAAGUCCCAAGUGAAGAAGACUGGCUUUAUGCAGAAAAAACUUGACUCCUUUAGAACAAGCAGUAAUGGCAAAGAUAUCACUGUGAGCCUAGCAAAGAUGUCUGACAAGUCGCAUAAAAAGGUAACACCAUCAAAGAAGAACUUUAUCGACAUUUGUUCAAGUCCUGAUAAAGAUAAUGACAAGACACCAUCUAGUCAACUGCAUGGUACUCCAAUUAAAUGCAGAUUGGUUCUAACACCUAUCAAAUCACCUCAAGUUACAGCUGCAAAGAGUAUCACUCCUGAAAGAAGUGUUGUAAGUAAAGACAACAUAAACAUGAAAAAUAUGGCUGUUGGAGAAACUGCAAAUGAUGUUGUCAUCACAGGUUGUAAAACAUCACAGACAUUUUUCUCUCAGCCAAGUAAAAAAGUCAGGAGUUCUCCUAAACAGGACAAAUGUGAAAAGUCCCGAGAUGGUAAAGGGGGGUUGAACAAGAAAUCAACAAAGAAAGGAAACAUUUCAAAAAAAUUAUCAAUAGUUAAAGGUACUAGCCUGAAGGAGAAGAGGCUUACUUAUGGAAUGGAAUCAGUAAAAAAGAAGGCAAAACUAGAUGUUUGUGUGCCAGAAGUGGAGUCAGUGAUUGUGGACAAUGAUUCUGAUAAGGAUUUUCAAUCCUCUUCUAACAAGAUUCCAGCCAAAUUGAAGCAAUCAAGUGGAAAAAUGAGACAAAGAACAUUGUUGGACCUCACUAAGAAGCCUGAAGAAGAGAAGGUUGCAUUCCUGUCUUCAAAGAUGACAGCCAAAAAACAGAAAACUUUGGCUGAAAUGUUUAGUGCUGCCUUCAGGAAGGAGAAACCAGACCAGGCGAUAAAUGCGCUAAUUCGGAAAACAGCUAAAGUAGUGUCUUCACCAAGCUGUCUUGCUCUUGAUCUUUCGACUCCUCAACGGGACCAUGUCACAGAGAAAUGGCAUGCACAUAAAGAAAGAUUAAACAGGAAGUUUAGUUCAAAGGUAAAUGGACUUUUGAAGAAAUGUGAAGACAGUGAUCUCAUAGAUGCUAAACCUCUCCCACCAUGUAAACCAGUGAAUGUACCCAUGGAAAUCACAGCUGAGAUGUUUGGUGAUAUAGCUAUGAUAGCAGACUUUGUGCAUACCUUCUGUGAUCUUCUUGCUCCUCGGGAAACUCUGCAUAUCUCUAUUGAUAAUUUAUCACAGGCUUUGGUAUCUGGCACAGAAGGCUUCCCUCUGCUUUCAAGAAUCUUGGUUGUCUUCCUUCAGAUUUUACUGCAAGAUAGGUCAACCAAGGGUUUAGAAUUGGGUAUGGACCUCUCAGAAAUGCCCUUGACACAGCACACAGCAUCUGAAAUCUCAAGACUCUACUUGAAUGCCAAACUUAAGAUGCUGCCAGCUUUUGAAGAGGAUAAACAGCUUCAAGGAAUACUGGAAUCACUAGAACAGAAAGAUUUCCAUCUCUUUAAUCCUGAAGAAAAGGCAAAGAUCCUGGUUACCCUGUGCCAUGAGGUUUUGUCAUCAAAUGCUGUUGAUGAUUACAUAGGAAGUCAACUCACAGAGGCCACAGAAUUAAGGAAACAAAAGCAAGCCAAGCAAAAGGAGAAGAAUGAUAAGAUAAGAGAGGAAAAGGAGAGGCUGAGGAAAGAAAAACAGGAGAUGGAAAAAAAGAAAGAAGAAGAAGCAAACAAAAAGCAACUCAAGGUGGAUGAGCUAAGUAUGAAAGACACUGGAACAGAGUGUAUCACUUCAGAACCCCUUGGUUGUGGUCCAGAGAUGGAGAUAUCCAACAAAAUGGAGGAGAAGAGAGAAAAACAGAAAGGUGAAGUUUCCCUGAGAGCAGAACAGGACAGGCAGAGUUAUGAAGUUGUUGAAACUUUGAGGAAAAGAAGAGAAGACAUGGCUGCAAAAGACAUCAUCAAUGAAAAGAAACUAAAAGAGAAGGAGGAGAGACUUGCAAAAGAAGAAGAGGAACAGUUGAAUCUGAACAUGGCUCAGUGUCUGUAUUCUUUGAGAUUAAAACCCAUAGGAUGUGAUCGCAACCAUGGCCGUUAUUGGGUGUUCAAUGGUGUGGCACCAGGGGUUUUUGUAGAGCACGGUUGGAGAAAUUUAGAGGAUCUAGCAAUACCCACUGAGGGUGUUUCUAAAGUGGAGAAAGAAGUUGGAGACACUGCAGAUGCAACCAUUGAAACAGAAAAUAAGAGAGAACAGUGUGAAGAGGGGAGUGACAUUGAAAUGGUAGAAGAGACUAAAGUUGAAAGAAAGAUGGACUCUUGUGCUAAAGAUCAUGAAAAAGAAUCAAGGUUGACUGAUGUUCCAUAUGAAUGGUCCUGCUACAGUACUGUUGAAGAAGUUCAGGCUUUGCUUUCCUGUUUGUCAAGUCAGGGUAUCAGGGAAAGUGAGUUAAAGAAGGCUCUCAAAGAAAAAUUGCCAGAAAUCACUGAAGGAAUUGUUAAAAGGAAUUCUUCGAGGAAAGUUUUAAACCCAGAGACUGGUGAAGAAGUCCCUUAUAGCUCCAUCAAAGAGGAAUUGAAGGACACUGUUGAAAGACUCUUCUAUGGAAAUUUAGCAGAGCUUGAAAAUGGCCUGGAGGAAUAUCUAGAGGGGGUAGACCAAGCCAAGACUGUCAGUGAUUUGGCAUUGCAGCUUGGAAAGUUGUUACAUGCAGUGUUACCACGGUUCUAUCGGGGAAUGUUCCAUUUGGACAACAAAGGAUCUGAAGAAGCCAAACAAAGAUGGUUAGAUGCAGUCAAUAAAGCAACAACAGUGUCUAGAUGUCAUCUGCUACUUGGAAUAUUGGCUUCUCUUGUGAUAUGGGAUAUGUCAGCAGAGCAUGCGCGAUGCAAGAUUUGUGGGCGCAAAGAUAUUGGUAAGACGCUGAUACUGUGUGACCAUUGUAACCAAGGUUACCAUCUGCAUUGUUUACGGCCAGCGCUAUCUAAAGCGCCCGAGGGAGACUGGAGCUGCCCUGUUUGUAAGCCAAAUGAGAGGGUAAGCAGUCGGACAGGAACCAAGAAUUACAAACAGGAAAGUGGAAGUGAGAUUGAAGAUUCAAAAGAUGAGGCAAGUGAGACCAGUUUGAAUAGUUGCGAUGAAAAUGAAGAUUACUGCUACACAUGUGGAGAAGAUGGUGACUUGAUCUGCUGUGAUACGUGCCCGCUGGUUUUCCAUAAAACAUGUCAUCAGCCACCUCUUAGGAACAUACCACGGGGUGCGUGGAGUUGUUGGUUCUGUCGCCAGCCAAAGGAUCAGAAGAGUGUGAAAGUUCGUAAGUCGGAGAAGUCCGUAAAAGCCAAAGGGAAGGCGAAAAAGCUUUUAAAGCGAAUGGGAAGCUUUGUAAGAGAAUCUGAGCAGAAGCAACCUCACAUGCGAAUCAAGACGGCGUCGAAGCGAAUUUUUCAGAAGCAUGCACGUGACGGAAGAAAAAGAGCGCGUGAUGCACGUGCUAGAGCUGUUUCAAGAGCCCGUCCAAGUUUGGAGGACAUUUCUGAUGAAGAAAGCAUCGAUGGUCGAGGCAAUCAGAAACCUAGAAGAGUGUCCAGAAGGCUUCAGAGGAUGUACCAACAAGUUUCUGAAGAUGAAUUGGAAGAAAACAGCACAAGGGAUACGAAUGUAAAAUCGUUUUAUGGUAAGACCAACAGAAAAGUGCGCAAACGGGAAGUCUUCAGUGAGGAAGAUGAUGACUUGAUAGAGGAAAGGGGAAGGAAUGCCUGUAGGAAGACGCGUGCGCACAAUAGGCCUCAGAUUUCAGAUGUUUCUGAAGAUGAGGGAGACGAUGACGAAGAUUCCGGAAAGGAAAACCGCAAAAUUAGUUCCUUUGCAUCGUUUCAAAAGACUACAUACAGAUCCACGAGGAAUCACCGAAAAGUUCCGAGCUCUUCCGAAGAAUCUGAUGAGAGUGGAUACACUGAAGAUGCUGAGGAGCUUAACAAUGGCCGUCCUUCAAGGAAAAAAGGCAAAAAGAACGCGAAGAAUUUAUCUGUAAACAAAGCCGGACGAAAGGCAGCAAGGAAAACUAGAAGAACCGAAGAAUCAUCCGAGAAUUCCAAACGACGACGUGCCAAUGUUGAGAUGGACACUUGUGAGCAAAUUUUACGAGCACUUGUUCGUCACGAAGACAGCUGGCCGUUUACACAAGCGGUUAAUGUUCGUGAGGUCCCAGACUACCUGGAUCUUGUUUUAACCCCCAUGGACCUGGGUACCAUCAAAGGAAAACUGAAUAGUUUAGAGUACCCGGAUGUGGACAGCUUUGAAGCUGAUGUUCGGCUUGUAUUUUCAAACAGUGACAAGUAUAACCUGAGCACUUCAGAGGUUGGACAAGCUGGCAAGAACCUGGAACAGUACUUUGACAAAAUAUUUGAAGAGAAUUUCUCAAGCAAGGACAGGAAAUCUAAAAUCCAUCGAAAACGAUGAUCAAGAGCUUUAGGCAUAUCACUAGCGACAAAAUACUUGAAAUCAUGAAAGUUGAAUCAGAUCGUUACAUUCAUUUGGUAGUAAUUAGAAAAUAAAAGUCAUUAAUGGAAAUAACAUAAAGAGGAACCGAAGGCGAGAACUUAACACGUUCAAUACAGAUGUGGCUACUUUGAUUUUCGUGUUGAGUUUUUUUAUUUUUGCGAAGAUCGAAAAAAAAAAUGUUGAAAUUACAAUAUGUUCAUCACCCGUUCCGUUUUUACCGUUUGUUCCUGUUGUGUUCCGAUAGCCUAAGUUUGUAUCUGGAUAAAUGGUUUGUUCCAACCGUUAGAAAACAAGGCCUGUUAUUUUCUUUUUUAAUUUUUAUAUAUUAAAGCAUUUUUUGAUCCUGAAUAUUUUUUUUCUCAU